UCGUAGUCGAAAUAUUUACAAACAUUUAUCGAAUAUAGUAUGGAUAUUCCAUGUACUACGAAUAUGGAAUUUACAGUAUUACAGCUCUUGCGAAAAUAUUUCAACACAAUUGCACGUGCAUUACGCCUAUCUUUGUUAUGAUAAUGGUAAAGCUACUACGUACAAGUCUAUCUGCAGCUAGUUAGCGAUGAGAAAAAAUGGUAUAGCGUACAUGUGCCGCGUACAUAUUUGUUACUGCAUAGUAAGUCGUGGCCGUCACACGGCAGACAAAUAAACAGUAAUAGUUACGGUACAAUAUUUCUACAGUAAGUAUAAUAUGUAUGCAUGUUAUAACAAUGGUUUAUAUUCAGGAUAUUUAAUACGGGAGCAGUAUGCGCGAACACGUGUGUUCCAACAUGCGUGCAUUUUGAAAGAAGAUAUACUACUUGAUAAAGACAAAAACUCAUUUCUUUCCAACAAACAAUUUGGAUUUCUAAAAGGAAAAUCUACAAGUGAUGCCCAUUUUUUCCUUAAUAAAUAUGUACAUGAACAUCUUGACCAGAAUAACAAAGUAUUAGGUACCAUAUGCCUAGAUACUGAGAAGGCAUUUGAUUGUGUUAACCAUCAAUUAUUACUUAAGAAAUUAAAUUAUGCUGGAAUUCGUGGUAUUGCAAAUAAGUUAAUUAGUUCAUAACUAAGUGAUAAAUACUUAAAUUAUUAUCUAUCACUUAGAUAUGAAAGACAUCAAAUAGUUAAAAUUAAUAAUAAUUUAAGUAAAUCUUUGUCAGUCAAACAUGGUGUACCACAGGGAACCGUAUUGGGCCCGAUAUUUUUUAUCAUAUAUAUAAAUGGUUUACUUAAUAAUAAGGGUUAAUACAGAAGCUGAAAUUAAGUGUUUUGCCAACAACACAGUUAUUCUCAUCCACGAUAAAAAUAUAGAGGAACUAUAUAUUAAAGCAAAUGUUAUUUUUAAUGACAUUAAAUUAUGGUUUGAUAACAAUCUUUUAGAGUUUAUUCUAAAUAAAACCAAACACAUUGUUUUUAAUAUAACUAAUCAGAGGCGGAUGCAGAGGGGGGAGAAUGGGGCAAUCCCCCCCCCCGUUCACCGUAGCAGACUUCAGUUUUUGACGUAAUUACUUCAAGGGUAUAUAGGGAAAUCUUAAACUAUUUUUUUCUAUACCAAACUUAUGCUAGUACUAUGUUAUCACUUAUAUUUAUUAUUUGGUAAUAUACUGAUAUCACAGUUAUAUACUACUAUCGUGAUGUUAAAUAUUCGUAACCAAGUUUUGUGUUUUUCGAAAUGUGAUAACUGAUAACGACCAACGUAAAAAUCGUUGGGAACCUCCAUAAUCAACAAAUUUGUAAUUAUAAACUCUAUUGUUAUGAGUAGGGACCGGAUUUGUAUGCACAAAAAAUCCUUAAAGUAUGCUUCUACAAAUGUUGUAA